GAUGUCCGUUCCGCCAACAUCAUAGCCGAUGAGGAUGACACGCAUUGCCUUGUCGUUGACAGAGACACUUUUAAUCAGAUGGUUGGAACCUACCAGGAGCUACAGACAUAUUUGCGGGAGUAUGUGUUCCAGCUGGCACUUAGUGACCACGACCGAAGAAAUGCCAGGAAAAAGAGCCUUCAUCAUUCAGUGUCCCGAGAUAACUCCGAGGUCAACCAGCUCAGAGAGUUGGUAUCCAGGUUCUCCAGCACUUCCCCUUUCCCUUACUUGGAUGUUAUCACCACACUUGGGACUGGAGGAUUUGGGCGUGUUGAGCUGGUGAAAUUAAAGGAUGAAGAUAUGACCUUUGCACUAAAGUGCAUCAAGAAGAAGCAUAUAGUGGACACACAUCAACAAGAACACGUGUAUUGGGAGAAGAACAUACUGCAGCAGAUCAACUGUCCGUUCAUCAUCAGGCUCUACAGAACUUUCAGGGAUGCCAAAUAUGUCUAUAUGCUGCUGGAGGUGUGUCUUGGAGGGGAGCUCUGGAGCAUUCUACGAGACACGGGAUCUUUUGAGGAAGGGACUGCCAGAUUUUGCAUUGGGUGUGUUUUGGAGGCCUUCGACUACUUACACAAUCGAGGAAUUGUUUACAGAGACCUCAAGCCAGAGAAUCUCCUCCUUGAUUCUGAAGGAUAUAUUAAAGUGGUAGACUUUGGGUUUGCAAAAAAGAUUGGGCCAGGAAAAAAGACCUGGACGUUUUGCGGCACACCAGAGUAUGUAGCCCCAGAGAUCAUCAUGAACAGAGGACAUGACUUUGGAGCAGAUUAUUGGUCUCUGGGUAUACUCAUCUAUGAGCUCUUGACCGGAAGCCCACCUUUCUCAGGGACAGAUCCAAUCAAAAUUUAUAACAUGGUGUUGAAAGGAAUUGAAAAGGUAGACUUCCCACACCGCAUUGGACGUCGUUCUGAAGAUCUGAUCCGUAGGUUGUGCAGGAUUAAUCCAGCAGAAAGACUCGGUAACCGGAAAAACGGCAUCAGUGACAUUAGAAAGCAUAAGUGGUUCCAAGGCUUUAACUGGGAAGGCCUACGUAACCGGAAACUACUUUCACCGCUGAAAAGAGAGAUCAAGUCAAUCACAGAUCACAGCUAUUUUGACACUUUUCUGCCUGAAGCCGAAGAUCCACCAGAUGAGUUAUCCGGAUGGGACAAGAACUUUUGA